AUGAUAAGAUCCAGGGCUGCAGUCGGCAACUUCGUCUGCCUCAGAUGUCAAGUCCGACGACUUCGUUACAAUGCCCCGACGACCGCCAUUGCAGAUGCCCGCUCCGUCACCCACAGGAUCGUAAACCGAGGCCAGAUACGUUACAACGGCACUGAUGCCACCUCUAACGAUGCGACUCCUGAACAUACCCAAGCCAACACAAAAGCGGAGCCAGACGCGCCUCCGAGCCACAAGUCGGUAAAGACCAGGCAUGAUGUUAGUGUUGCCGGCGGCAGGCGCCUCCGCCAGCGUGAAAAGGCUGUCUACUGGCGCGGAGGGAGCAAAAUCGUGCCAGUAUCGCAGGAUCUGUCCGUUGGGAUCUUGGGAAAGCCUGCAGAAGCUUUGAUCAUGAAAGAUGUGGGCGGCGGCCAGCUACUCAAAGGCAAGGAUAACAAGGUCAAGUCAAAAAGGUCGACAUCCAGGAGAAGCAGGCGAAAGGCCAAAGAUGAACCAAUAAAGGGCGAGGCAGAGAAACAGGAGGAAUCUGCUGGAGAUGGAGAAACUUCUGCAUCGUCAGUCCAGACCAAAGCUUGGGACGGCUUGGACAAGAAUCGUUCGCAAGAUCCCACACCAGACGAGAUCCAGGCCUACAUUGCCGAGCUGCGACCCACCGGCAGCACAAUCAUUCCGCAACGCGAGUUUGAUCAGCUGAUAGGUACUUUGGUCACGGGCUUCACCAACAAGCAGCUGGCCAGGUAUGUCGCCGAAAAUCCGGCCCAAAAGGGACUCAAGGACCUGCCCAGUGGCAAGAAGGCCCCUUGGAUCGAGGACAGGAAACCGUGGACGUCCGAAAACACACUUUCGAGGCAAAGAGGUCCCCCGACGCUUCAACCGGUUGCAGGGCGACCAAUGCCUCUCAAGGAGGCACUGGUCCUACGGCUGAUUCAAGACUGUUGGGGUCUUUCCGUACGGGAACUGGUCAGCGGCAUGGGGCACCUUGAUGUGCACAUCAGGAAUCCCGAGUUUUCGUUGCUCCUGGUCGGGACAAGGCGGUGGCUCCAAUCCAUUUCCCGUAUAUACCUUAAACACGUCGGUGGACGCGUAGAGCUAAGGCGCUCCGAUCGCUUGAUGCGCAUAUUUGCGCCCAAGGCUGUGGCAGAGACAAUACUUGACGACAUCGACGAGCUUCUUAACUGGGCCGUGACCGAGAGGAUACAGCUGGACGCCAUUACAUCAGAAACACCUAGCAAGGGGGCUCUGGAACAACUUGCGGGACUGACAAACUCACACAUCGAGUUUGAUGAGGAGAACAGGGAAAUUGUUAUAUCCUGGAUUCACAAAAACAGGGCAGUUGCAAGCGAGGUUGGGAAAGUUGAGAACACGGCCGAAAAGGUAUAUCGCCUUUUGCUGACGGCUUAUGACCCUGCUCGCGUAUCAACCUUCACCACUGUCUUUCCCACUGUGGACGCCGGCGAGGAAACCGGGAGCUUGAUUGUGGAUCACGGCAUUCGGCCUACGAGCCCGCCCUGGAACUUGCAAGCCUGCUCGUGGGCAAGGCUGCAGCGCCCUCAACCAAAAGCGGAUUUGGACGCGCCGGCCGCCGAGGAGUUUCCUCUCAAGGCUUCUUCACCAUCAUUGCUCAGGUGGCCAGUCGAUAACAACUUCCGGGAGCACUUCCACUUCUUCAAAGACCGACACAAAUCCUUUGGCGGCGAAGUUCCUCAUUCUGGACGCUGGUCCAAGGCUCGCACUGCCACGCAAGCCACCUUCGGCCACUUGAUGCACGGGUACGAAGAGUCCCUCCUCGCUGGCACGCGCAUGCCAGCGACUCCCGAUUGGACGUCCCCACGCAUGCUUUUUCCUACCACGCCAUCUUUUCUUGACAAAGACAUGGGACAGCCUCAGCCCGCUGGCCCUCACCGCACCGAAUUGGUCAUCCGCUUCGUCCCUUCACCCUCAGACCCAUCAACAAACUUGCAUAACCCGCCGACCCUGGAGCUCCGCUUUCUCACCCUGGAUCACCUAGUCCGCGGCAUCCAGAGAGCGACGCUCUUUGCGAUCCACGACACCCACCAUGCCGACAUCCUACUCCCUUCGAUGCCGGUAGAUGCGCGCAUCACUCAGCGCCAGGUCUCCAUGCUCCGCGGCGCGGAUCUCCACAGCGUGCCGCACAUGGGGCCCUUGCGGGAAUUCGUCGUGCGCUCCACGUUAAACCUCGUGGGCAACGUCUUCCGCACCCCCACUUCGGUGAAGGGGCUUUCGCUGCCUGCGUACCUCAUGGGUGACGGGCAGGGCGAGCCUUCGAAACACGGCAGCGAGGGGGCAUUCGUCACGCUUGAUUACAUCUUUGCCGACUUGGAACUGCGCCGCCGGAUCGACUUUGAAAUUGACGGUGAAAACGUAACAUACACCAGCAUUCAGAACCCUACGCAGCCGAGCAUGAACAGGGCCGAGGUCUCGGUGCACCCGCCGCUGCCACCUUCGCUGCUGCCCGGCUUGGAAGACUCGGAGAUUCCCGAGUACGGUUUGAACGAGAUCGAAAAGGCCAUGGCAGAAUUGGCGGUCGACGAGCCCGAGGUCGUCUCUGGACGAUUCUUGCAGGGCAUGAUGAAGUUGACCACCAACAAGGUGAUGAAAUGGGCAGUUUUGUAG